CGUUGCCAGUGACCCUGCCAGGGCCGCCGCACUUAUCAUCAAAACAAUCAAGCGCCGCCCCGAUCACAAUUGCCCCCCGAACACUCGACUCACUCAAUUCACUCUCCUGCCCCUCCCUUGCGACUACAGCAUGCUCCUGUCAGGUCCUCGGUAGUAAUCCGUCACCAGCAAGCAACUCUCCGAUGCGGUAACCCCCGUGCAUCCCCCGUUUGCAAUUAACUACAGUUUCUAUCAUCAAUCAGUUUUUUUCUUUCAUCUUUGGCAUCAAUCAAUGGCGUCUCCAGCCCCUCCUUCCACCCCCAACAAAGCUGCAUCUGCGCCCGCACCGACGCCCGAUGGCUCCCAGACGCCUGGGAAGUGGCGUCAUCCGCAUCUGGAUGAGGUGGUCCGUCGACAGAAUGCUGGUACAUUCGGGGAUCGCAAUGUGAACAGGCUGAUGUGGAACACCGCUGCUUUGUUUGCAACCUGGGUCUUUGGAGAGACAUUCAAGUCUUAUUCGGUUUGGCUUCAGAAAUUCAGCCAGCUCCCUACAUACCCCGAUCUGUCGUUGCUUGCCCUCCGGCUCAUCUUUGCGCUGAAUAUACUGGUCGCAUUGUAUCCCCUUUUCCGACCGAAGGACAACUUCGCCGACAUCCCUUUGACCCCUACACAACGCUCGCUGCUCGGACUGGAUCCUUCAUCCACGCAGUCACUGACUCCGGGCUCGACGUACGUUACCCCGCCAAGGUACCGACUUUCUGCGUCUCGGAACGCGAGCCCCGCCAGCAGAUCUGGCUCGCCAUUUUCUGCGAGUGCCGGCGCGUCCGGGCGCAGACUGUCGUCCGGCGCCUCUUAUUCGCCUUCUCUGAGCCCGUUAAUGCAGAAGUUGGUUGCGACCGGGGGAAAAGAAGGCGGGCGGAGACCGAGCUUUGGGGCUUCGUCCACCCUUGGGCGGAGCUCGUCCUUCUCACCUUUCAAGGAGUCGACAUCCACAUUUAAAGAUUCCACAUCCUCAUUCAGAGAAUCCACGUCCUCGUUCAGGGAAUCCACAUCCUCGUUCCGAGAAUCGGCAUUCAGAGAGUCCACCAUGUCUACCAUCUCCACUCUUUCCACCAUGUCCAGCAUCGCGCCUGCGACCCCUUCGCCGGUGGGUGGCAAGCGUGUGAACCUGGGCUUGAGUAACAAGUGGCUGUAUGAGAGAAGCCGGCGUCUGUCCGCCAGCAAUGGUAGUCUGUGAGGGGAGGAGGGUGGUCGGGGCGGGUCCCGGGGAGAAUAGGGACAAUUCAUGUAAACUCGUGUUUUCUAGCGGGUGCUUCGGAAAUACCUUUAGGCCGUAUUUGCUUAUGAUAUCGCAUGAUGUACUUUUGUCUGAUAGAGAGAGAAUUCCGAGCAGCGUCGUGGUUGCCCCGUGCUUUGCAGGCGACGUGCGUAGGAGCUGAGGUUCCCCAGUCGAUCUCCGGGUCU